CAGGGCUUUCACGUGAGGGGGUGUUUGCUCCGCACGCAACAGAUGGCAGUGCCAGUGGAGGGUGCGCAGGGUCUGGGGUCUCAGGGUGCCUCUGGGUCUGCCCCAACACUGCCACCUGCUGCUGCAGCGCGUCUUCCCUUUCCUUGUCUCCCUCGGCUUUCCCUCCUCUCGCUCCUGGGGUAAUGCCUUUAAGGUCCCUUUUCUCUCUGCUCAUUGGGGGGCCUCGCCCUGGAUUCCCCAGCACGUGCUGAGGACUCCCCACCUGGGUCAACCCUUCCCUUCGGGUUUGUCCUGAAGCACCUCCUGUCUCCCCUUCUGUAUACUCCUCUGGGUCUGCGCCGGGAUCCUGGGAGGAAACGUCAUCUCAUCUACCCUGUGGUUCUCCAUGGAGACCUUCCUGGAAUAAAGGGCAUCAGUGGGAGAAAAUACACUUGAGUACACGUGGACACCUCCUCGCUCACCUGGGGAAGACCCAGGAACACUGAGUGACCCACCAACAUGGUCUCUGCCCCCUGUGCAAUGACAUCUUCAACCCCAGAGAAAGGACAGAGGAUGGGGGUCAGCCCUGGGGGGCAGUGGGAAGCCCAGCUACAAGGGUGCGAGUGGUGCGGUCCUAAGGGGCCGCCUCUCCCUCUGAUAAGGGAUGGAGAGAUUUGGACAAAUCCUUCCAACGUGAGAACCUGGACGCCUCCUCACGGGGAUGUUCUCUUAUUCGUGGAAAUGAGUCUCACAAAAGGUCAACCUCCACCCGCCUGUCGGAGCCCCUCCGUCUGACUCCCAGGAGCGCCCAGUAAAUGUAAUCCUCCUGUAACAGAAGUGCCGGUAGAGCCGCGAGUGUCCUCCCCAGGGUCCACACAGGCUCACACCCCUGCAUCCGAUUAAUGCACGUGCUGGGGCAGCUCAGCCUCUUGGUAAUUACCAGAUGGAAAUCUACCUAUCAACUCCCCCUGUCUUUUUCAUCCUCCAUGACGAGGGGAGGCCGUUGGCCCCUCACCUUCCUGUGCUGGGCCUGUCUGCUCCAGUCCUGCUGUGUGGCUCAGCCUGCUGCCCAGAGAUGGUGUCAUUGAAGGACGUGGCUGUGAACUUCCCCUGGCAGGAAUGGGAAGACCUGAAUGAUGCUCAGAGGACCCUGUACCGGAUGGCUGACCUCUCGGAGCUCCCGAAGGAGGGGACCAAGGAAGCACAGGACCGGACAGAAAACACCCAGUUUGUGAAGCACUUCUUGAAAGGCAACAUCAGGAGGGAGCUGUUUAAGCUGGCCACCGCCGCGCUUUACUUCACCUACUCGGCCCUGGAGGAGGAAAUGAGCCGCAACAAAGACCACCCCGCCUUCGCCCCCUUGUACUUCCCCCUGGAGCUGCACCGCAAGGAGGCGCUGGUCAAGGACAUGGAGUAUUUCUUUGGCGAGGGCUGGGAGACGCGCGUGCAGUGCUCCGAGGCUGCCCGCAAGUACGUGGAGCGGAUCCACUACGUGGGGCAGAACACGCCGGAGCUGCUGGUGGCCCACGCCUACACCCGCUACAUGGGGGACCUGUCCGGGGGCCAGGUGCUGAAGAAGGUGGCCCAGCGGGCCCUGAAACUCCCCAGCACGGGGGAGGGGACCCAGUUCUACCUGUUUGAGAACAUAGACAAUGCCCAGCAGUUCAAGCAGCUCUACCGGGCCAGGAUGAACGCGCUGGACCUGAGCGCGAAGACCAGAGAGAAGAUCGUGGAGGAGGCCAACAAGGCCUUUGAGCACAACAUGCAGAUCUUCAAUGAACUGGACCAGGCUGGCUCCUUGCUGGCCAAGGAGGCUGUGGAGGAUGGACUCCCUGUGCAUGAUGGGAAAGGAGAUGUGUGCAAAUGCCCCUACUACACCGCUAAACAAGACAAAGGGAGGUCUUGUGCCCUGGAGGGCAGCGGAUGCCCCUUUGGAAUGGCCCUGGCUAUGCUGAGCAAGUCCAGUCUCCAGUUUGUUCUGGCCACCAGUGUGGCCCUGGCCGCCGGCUUUCUGGCCUGGUACUACAUGUGACGGACUCGCCGCCCCACACGGGCCCGCCCCACCUCCGCUGGACCGAGGGCCACCGCGUGGGACUUUCAGACGCGGGGUCUGACACAAGCAGCAACCAAUAAAGCCAGACGCUAACGUCUCUGCCUGUCACUGUCCUCUCUGCGGGCAGACGCUGAGCUGGGCGCAAGCCCGGCCUCUCUGCA